AUGGCUAUUGUUGCUCAGUUGAUUGUAAGCCAGGAAGUAUAUGAACGUAUACAGAAAUCAAAAAAAGCUAACAAGAAAUUUCCAAAUCAUGGCGAUUGUGCAUCAAUACACCAUCAUAUAGAUCUGUGUUUGGAUACAGUUACAAGAUUUAUAGAUGACCAAAACGAAUGUUCAUUUCGUUUAAAUACUGCAAAGGAUAUCCUUCAAAGUGUUACCACCUGUCCCAAAAAAUGUAAUUUGCGGACGAGUUAUUUGUAUAAUUACGGAAACUCUCUGGAAAAAAUUCACCUAACGAUAGGCGAUAAGAGGGAGAUUUUCAACUUUUGUUCAGGAUUUGGUCAUAAAGCAAAUUUUAACAUCGACUGUUCAUCAUGGAACGCAAAGGAAUACAUUAUUUGGAAUUAUGUUCAUGCCUGCUUCGUAGAGGAUGCACAAUGUGUCCAUAUCAACAAAUACUGCGUCUGUCAUUGUUUGCCUGGAUAUAUAAUGGUGGACGAAAAGUGUCUAAAAAAAAAUGUUCCCGUCGGUGGAUUUUGUAGCUUACAUGCCCAAUGCACAGGGAGUGAUAAUUCUGGAAUAUGCGAACACGGAAGAUGUACAUGUACAGAAGGAUUUAAAUUGGUUGAGUUUGCGUGUAAAAAAAAAAAUCUGGAAUUAAAUGAUCAAUGUGAGUUCACAGAACAGUGUAUACAACCAUCCUCAGUUUGUUUCCAUGGAAUAUGCAAAUGUUUGAAUGGUUAUUCUGCAUUUGAUACAAAUAUUUGCUAUAAAGAUAUUGUUCCUGUCGGUGGGUUUUGUAGUUUACACAAACAGUGCACAGGAAGUCAUAAUUCAGGAAUAUGCAGACACGGAAGAUGUAUAUGUACAGAAGGAUUCACAAUUUUCGAUUUUGCUUGUAAAAAAAGAAAUCUACAAUUAAAUGAUUCGUGUGAGCUAACAGCACAGUGUACACAACCGUUCUCAGUUUGUUUCAAUGGAACAUGCACAUGUAGAAAUGGGUAUUCUGCAUUUGAUGCCGAUAGCUGCAUGAAAGAUACCAUUCCCGUUGGGGGAUUUUGCAACCUAAGCAACCAAUGCACAGGAAGUAAUAACUCUGGAAUUUGCGAAAACGGAAGAUGCACAUGUGCAAAGGAGUUCUCUGUUACAGAUUUGGCAUGUGAAAAAAGUCAUCCAAACAGUCUUGGAAUUGAGAGUUCAAAUAGUCAACAACAUGACACCACCCUUGGAGUGACGCUUGGGACAUUGUUUGGCGGAUUUAUUCUUGGUGUGAUUGUAACUGCUGUCAUAACGACCUUGAUGUACAGAAGAUUAAAAUUACGAACCAGAAAAAAAGGGGAACCUGACGUUAUGUUUGCAGGCAACAGAACGUAUGGUGGUGCCAGCAGUGCUAAAAUUUCUUACAGAAACGAUAAGAAGCGAGAUGUUGCAAUUUUUUCCCCAUACUCUUUUGCAAAAGAAACACAAGAAUACAAUUUGUCGGAAAAACAAGAAAAUAAAAGGACCGAUGACGUCUAUAAUCAUUUACACGAACAUACAGAACAAGUUGACGACACUUACGACCACGCAUGCGCUGUGCCUAAUCACUGUACGGAUCUCUCUGAAUACAGUAAUAUACUUGAUGCAGCCACUUUUCGACCAUCACCUUCAAAAGAUGGAGACGACUAUUCUAUUUUAACACAUUAAACAAGCAAAGAUUGUCAAUAUGCUUAUGAAUGUGUAAACUGAUAUUUAUCUAUUUAAAGACACUUUAUUUAUUGAGCUCAAAAUAAUGAAAUUUGUUGGAGACU